AUGCUGGAGCAGGUGAAUCCUGACACAAUAACUCGUGUGGUUGUGGAUGAGGGCAAAAAAUUUAAGUAUCUGUUUUGGGUUUUGGGAGCUAGCAUAGAAGGAUUCCGUGCGAUGAGAAAAGUCCUCGUUGUGGAUGCAACACACCUGAAGACUGUUUAUGGUGGAGUGUUAUUUGUUGCGACUGCUCAGGAUCCCAAUCAUCACCACUACCCAAUUGCGUUUGGUGUUGCUGAUGGUGAGAAAUAUGAGAGUUGGCUAUGGUUUAUGGAACAGUUGAAAUCAGUGAUAUCGGAUCUCCCUGGAUUGGUGUUUCUUUCGGACAGAAACAAAGGCUUGAUCAAGGCAGUACAUCAAGUGUUCCCUCAGGCCGCUCAUGGUUAUUGUAUAUGGCAUCUGUCUCAAAAUGUUAAAGGCUACGUCCGUAACAACAGAGAAACAUGUGCAUUUAAGUUUAUGGAGUGCGCACACGCUUAUACAGAGGCGGAGUUCUUGGUCCUUUAUGACGCUUUUGGCAGGAAAUAUCCUAGUGCAGCGGAGUAUCUUGAGAGAAGUUGUGAACAAAAGAAAUGGGCUAGAUGUUACUUUGAAGGAGUUAGGUACAAUGUUGACACCACCAAUUCAGCAGAAUCUUUUAACGGUGUUAUUAAGGACGCAAGAAAGUUCACCUUACUUCCAAUGUUUGAUUUUAUCAUUGGAAAAAUUGCUAAAUGGUUUAACAAGCACAGGAAAGAGGCAGCUGAAAUGCCACCCGCACUGAAGCUUGUGCCUAUAGUGGAGGGGGAAAUGACUAAAAGAUGUGUUGAUGCAGGGUUUCUUCGGGUUGAUGAGUUAAACAGCUUCCAUCUCGAGUACAGUGUGCAUGGUAGUGACGGGAAGCGUUAUACCGUGGACAUGGCUAUGAACAUGUGCACCUGUGGGCAAUUUGAUAAAGACAAAUAUCCAUGUGUUCAUGCAGUAGCUGCUGCCACAUUCAUGACUGAGAAAGCGGGAAAGGAACUCCAUCUAUCUGAGUAUUGUUCUAAGUACUAUUUGGUAGAGCAAUGGGCUUUGGCUUAUCACCGGACAAUAUAUCCUGUUCCUCAUAUGUCUGAUUGGGUUAUACCAGAAGAAAUUAGAGCAAAUAAAUCUCUCAGCUCUGGGAAUGCCAUACGGCACUGCUAUGACCUUGAACCUAGGCUUGCGCAUAGUCUUUACUUCUACUUCAACUGA